ACGUGGCCUAGUUAGACAUUAGCCAUGGAGAAUGGACAAAUUGUUUGUUUUGAAAAUUACGGUUCGAGCACGCGAAGGAGACGAUAUAUCAUGGAAAAUAGAUGCAGUCGGCCUAUAAUGAUCGAUAACGAAAGGAGAUUUUCCAGUUUGAAGAAUUUCUUUACGUCUGUUUUCCUGCCUCAAGGUUAUCCCGAUAGUGUCAGCAAGGACUAUUUGACUUAUCAAUUAUGGGAUAGCAUACAGGCAUUUGCUAGCAGUAUAACCGGCACACUUUCUACUCAUGCAGUUUUAAAGGGAGUUGGCGUCGGCGAUGAAACGGCUACGCCCAUGGCCGCGACUAUAACCUGGUUAUUAAAAGAUGGUACAGGUAUGGUUGGACGUAUUUUAUUUGCAUGGAUGAAUGGAUCUAAUCUUGACUGUGAUCCAAAAAAAUGGAGAUUAUUUGCCGAUUUUUUGAACGAUGUUGCAAUCUUUAUCGAUCUGCUAUCGCCAUUUAUGAAAAGCAUAUUUACAUUCGUAUUGUGUCUUUCGGCCAUAAGCAAAUCUCUUGUAGGAGUUGCCGGAGGAGCAACGAGAGCGGCCCUGACUCAGCAUCAGGCUCUAAGAAACAACAUGGCUGAUGUCUCGGCAAAAGAUGGAAGCCAGGAAACCUUAGUAAACCUCACCGCUCUUAUAUGUAGUUUAAUAAUAAUGCCGGCCGUAUCCGGAAGUCAAACGUUAAUCUGGACAUUUUUUGUACUGUUUACUUUAAUUCAUCUAUUUGCAAAUUAUAAAGCGGUCUCUGCAGUCGUUAUGGAUACUUUUAAUAUCGAACGCUUUCAAAUUACCGUAAAUCAUUAUCUUUCGUCUCAGUUCGAUUUGAUGUCGGUGCCAGAAAUUAACAAGAGAGAAAGUGUAUUUAUAAAAUUAUGGAAUGCCACUCCAAAAAUUGGAAUAUCUCUAUCAGAAACUUUACAAGGAUAUUGCAAUUUCUAUACACUUCAAGACAUAUACAGAAAAACCUUUUAUUUUCUUAAUAUUAAGAGAAACAAAGGUUAUACAAUCGAUAUAAUGAUUACACUUCAUAAUGACAGUAAUGUACAUACUCAAAUGGAAGCAUUAUUUCAAGCUUGCAUUUUGGAAUCUGCACUGAAGAAAGGAAAGACAAAGAAAAAUUCUUGGCAAAUGAAAUUUUUUCCCGAACAACUAACAAAAGAUAAUGCAGAAACUAUUUUAAGAACGUCGAGAGAGAUUACCGUUCGUCAAUAUCCUUCGUUUCUAGAACAUCUCGGAAGGUUUGAAUGGAAUACUAAUCAUGUUUUUUUUAAAACGGACGAAUGGAGAGCUGAAUGGAAUACAAAAAGCAAUAAAAUUGAAACAUUAUGAAUAUUUUACAUGCUUAAAUGAAACAAAACAAG